GCGGAAGUGGACUUGUGUUUGUGUUCCGUUUGCGAUGCUGCCUUUCCUCACAUGGCGCUUUUUACUUGAAAGUUUUUAGACACCGCUGUCGAAAAUGAGUGGUGGUUCGAAUCAGAGGACUUUGUUCCAGACUUGGGGGGCCGGCAUUUCCCAAAACAAGUCUGUCCAAGCCGCGAGGGGCACAAAGCCCGCUGAAGCCCGCCGGACACCGUCAAGCAGCAACUCCACUCAGGUAGCUACAACAACGCGUCCUCCCAGACGUUCUCCGUGGACAGUAAUCGGUGAAGAAUCCACGUAUGCAUCGGAGAAACCAGCGAGGACAGAGGACGACAUACCUGCAGAUGAAGACGAUGAUGACCUGAUGGUAAUUGCUGUCUAUGAAGCUGAAAAGAACCUUCAGCUUGAAAAUCCCAGCUGUUUUCAAGAUCAUGCAGUUUGUGGAAACACAGCUCUUUCUCCUACUCCAUGUGGACGGAUAUAUCCAGACUUUCCAGGCUUUGACAGCUCCUCAGCUAAAGUAUGGAUCUAUCCCACCAACUAUCCCAUUAGGGAGUACCAGCUGAAGAUAUCAGAGACAGCCUUGUUCCAGAACACGCUUGUGUGUCUUCCUACUGGUCUUGGGAAAACCUUCAUAGCCUCUGUGGUCAUGUACAACUUUUACCGCUGGUAUCCAUCAGGGAAGAUUGUGUUCAUGGCUCCCACCAAACCUCUAGUGGCCCAGCAGAUCGAGGCCUGUUAUAAAGUGAUGGGAAUCCCUCAGGCGCACAUGGCUGAGCUGACAGGCAGCACAGCCGCAAAGCAGAGACAAGAGGUGUGGAAGUCCAAGCGGGUCUUCUUCCUCACCCCUCAGGUCCUGGUGAACGAUCUGUCCAGAAACACCUGUCCAGCUGAGCAGGUCAAGUGUGUGGUGAUUGAUGAAGCUCAUAAYGCGUUGGGAAACCAUGCCUACUGUCAGGUGAUCAGACUUCUCAGCAGCCAGACUCUACAGUUCCGCGUCCUGGCUCUCAGUGCAACUCCUGGAGGAGAUACAAAGUCUGUGCAGUCCGUGAUCUCCAACCUGCUCGUCUCCCACAUUGAGCUGCGUUCAGAGGAGAGCGCAGACAUUCAGGCUCAUUCCCACCAGCGCACUGUGGAGAAACUGGUGGUUCCUCCGGGUGAGACCCUGUCAGCGUACCAGACACGCUACCUGCAGGUGCUGGAGAAGUUUAUGUCCCGUCUGGUUCAGAACCGGGUUAUGGGCCACAAGGACCUGCGGACUCUCAGCAAGUACCAGCUCAUUCUCGCCAGGGAUCAGUUCCGCAAGAUCCCGCCAACGCACAUCAAGGGUCCUCAGCAGGGAAUGCUGGAGGGUGACUUUGCCCUUUGCAUCAGUCUGUACCACGGUUACGAGCUGCUGAUGCAGAUGGGCUUCAGGUCACUUUUCUUUUACAUCCAGGGAAUCAUGGACGGAUCCAGAGAGAUGUCCAGAGCCAAGAACGAGCUCCAGAGAACGCCCAUAUUUAUGGCCCUGUACCAAGAGAUGAAAGCAAUGUUUCUGAAACCACCUGCUGGUCCAGAUGAGCCGUUUAUUUACGGGCACCCCAAACUGGAGAAACUGGAGGAGGUGGUGUUGCAACACUUUAAAGCGUGGGCCGAGCGUUCCYCAAACACAAAUGGUUCUGAGGGAGUAAGUACGCGCGUGAUGAUCUUUUCYUCUUUCCGUGAGAGCGUCCAGGAGAUCGCGGCCAUGUUGAACCGCCAUGCUCCUCUCAUCAGGGUCAUGACUUUUAUGGGUCAAUCCUCAGUGGGAAAAGGAGUCAAAGGCUUCACCCAGAAGGAACAACUGGAGGUGGUGCACAGGUUCCGACAGGGAGGCUUCAACACGCUGGUUUCGACAUGUGUGGGUGAAGAGGGGCUGGAUAUCGGGGAGGUGGACCUCAUCGUCUGUUUUGACGCACAGAAGAAUCCCAUCCGGCUUGUGCAGAGAAUGGGACGAACUGGACGUAAGCGUKAAGGGCGCAUCGUCGUCAUCCUCGCUGAGGGACGAGAGGAGAGGACCUAUAAUCAGAGCCAGAGCAACAAGCGCAGUAUAUACAAGUCCAUUACUGGCAACAAAAGUGGGUUUCACAUGUACCCAAAUAGUCCCCGCAUGCUGCCUGAGGGGGUGAAUCCUAAACUUCACAAGAUGUUUAUUACCUGUGGCGAGUUUGACCCCAGAGAGGUCAGCAGGAGGUCUUUCAGGGGUCGGCGGUCCCACUCCGAAGGACGGGCGUCACUCAUCCACCCUCAAAACCUGCUUCAACAAGGCAAAUCAGCACCUGAUGGCUUUCUGAGCAGCACAGAAUAUUCUCUGUGGGCGUCCACCAUGAAGCUGGACGAGAGUGAAGCUCAUCCAACUCUGAAGCCGUCCCGCUUCCUGUCCAUACCCAGUGACUCAGAACUUCAGGAAGUCUUUUCUAAAGACAAACCAUCGUCCAGGGAGCUGUCUUUGUGGGAAUGGAGACACUGGCAGCACAAAGCUCUUCCUUUCCAUGCUGUUGACCAUUCCCUCCGCUGCAACCACUUCAUCAAAGUGAUGGAGCUCAUAGACMGCAUGAGAGACGAAACUGAGGGGGAAUGUCGUUAUGAACAGGAGCUUCUUCCUUACCUUCAUAAAGAAGACACUGAGAAAAACGAACGGAAGAAACAGAAGGCCACAAAGCUCUGCACAAAAACCCCGACCAGAAAACCCAAACCAGCGCACACUUCCUGGUCUGAACUAGAAUGUAUUGACGAGGAAAUGGAAAGAGACGAUGCAAGUGUAGCUGGGGUAGUUUCCUCACUCUCUGUACCAAAACACAGACAUGCUAUUGAAAUGGACUCAGAGGUCGCGUGUGAUGAGGCCACAGAUUACUUAGAACGUGAAGGAGAUUGUUCAGAUAGUGAGAAGAAUGACUAUGCCAUCACUAACAAAACAGAUUAUACAUUUACUGAUCAUGUCGAUCUGAACAGUACACCACAAGAGAAUAACGGGGAAGAAGAUUUCGAGCUUCAGGCGAUGUUCUACCUUCCUAAAUGGAAUUCAGGACCAGCGUUCCACUCUGUCAAACCAAGAAAAGAUACGAGUCUGGCGGUCAUCCUGGCCAACGUGGCUGAACUUCUGUCUCGGUCUCCACCUUCACUGGUUGACAUUUUAGCAGAGGACAAAGUGGUGUCAUUUCUUCCACCUCCUCCUCAGCCAACUCAGCAGCCAUUCCUCGUCAGUUUUAGCCUAGYCGUGGAUGACGACGAGGAAAAUGAGGUUGAUGCCGACGACGUGCCCGUUGUGCCAGAUUUAGACGAACCUUCUGGGAGUGAAAUGGGCAGGACAGAUGAGCCCCUUGUCAGAGCCGACAGUCCCACCUGGGAUGAGCUUUUCGAGGCCGAAGAAGUUGCCUACGACGCCAACAGGGAAGCAGAAUUCAAAAGGCAAAAUGACUCUGAGGAGGAGCGUGUAACGGACAGUAAAAACAAUGGUACGGUCAAAGAGAGGGAUGAGUUGACGUCAAACAUAACGGAUGAUUGUGCGACGAAUGAGGGAGCCAUUACUGAACACCUCCAGAUGGAUGAGAGCAUGGAUCUGUUUGAGGARGACGAAGCCUUCCUGCAGAUGACCAUUCCAGACGUUCCCACUCCUGAAGACACAACCAAGAUAUCCCUCGAUGCAGGAAAUGAUGAGAAGACAAAAAAUACCACUUCACCUGUAUAUUCAUCACCAAAACCAUCCCAGUUAUCUGGGAUGGUUUUAAAUCCAAUGCAAAAGACUGAGUUGGGAGGCACAGAAUGCAGAACACAAACAGAGCUUAAAACAAAACUUCACACACAAAUUAAACCUGUUCUAGAUAAUCUAGAGGAAAGUGCUCCUCGUUUAAAAUUUCCCUCAGUUCAAGAAGAACCAGAGCCAAAGGACAGCUCCCAUCAUGUCUUCCCUGUUAAUUUUGAUCUUGGCUAUUCACUGGAAGACUCUGCAGACGAAAUGGAGGAUGAUGUUUUACCUUCCUCUUCAUCGCCUACAAAGCCAGAUCACUCUGUCGUGUUUGUGCCACCUACUUCGAAAUCCUCGACUCCUAUUAACAGCUUCUCCAGACACUUCAGUCAGUUCAAGGUUUCCUCCUCGCACAUGCCAACAAAACGCGGGAUGUUUAAACGUGAGGGACUCCCGUCUCCAAUCACAUCACCAGGAGCCAGGAGGACUCCUGGUUUUCCUGGACCGACGUCUUUUGGCUUAAAGCAAACCGAAGGCAGCGCCUCUACGAGCGCUGUAGAAAAGACCUCUGGACAGGAGUCUGUUCACGCGAUCAGCUUUCCUCCUCAUCCAGAGCGUUACAGUGACAGUGAAGAAGAAAUCGUGUUUCGCAAAAAGAGACAUCAGAACCAGGUCAACCCGUUGUCAUCCCCAGAAGUGUCCAAGAUGGCGAGUGAUGUGGACUCCCCGGUGGUGGUGAAAAAGAAGCGUUUCUCUGCAUGCAACACUCUGGAUGAGACGCAGAACGAAGCUGUUUCUGAUGAUGACUUCCAGGAUGACUCCAUGUUCACCUGCAGAACCUCAGCUCCAGGAGUUAAAAGGACAGAAAUCCAACAAGUCAAGGACAAGAACACCAAGCGUCACAAGGCGCGUCAGUUUCUGGAUGUAGAGGCGGAGCUGUCAYACAACGAGGAGGGAGCUGAUGUUUCAUCUGAUGAAGAAGACGGCGAAGACCUGGAUCGCUCUCUCGAGGGCUUUGUGGUCAACAACACUCACCUCACCCAGGAACUGAACGACUCAGAGAUGCACGGGGUUUACUUGAAGUCAGUGAGAAGCCCUGCAGUUCAGGGGAAAUUCAAAAUGUCCUACAGAAACCAUCACAAUGUGGACAUUUAUUCUCAGGUGCCUGAGAUGGACGAGACYUAUGCGGAGGACAGCUUUGUGGUUGGCAGCGAUGAAGAGGAGCCGGACAGCAAUGAGGAAGAGGCCGAGGAGGUUGAGCUCAUGCCCGAGGUCUCGAAUGUGGACGGGAGGAGGCAGUACGCGACCAGACGGCGCAUCUUUCUGCACAAAGCCAGAGCUGCAGCCGACAGCAGAGCUGACUGUCCAGCUCAGCAGAGAGCCGCAGCAAAAACCAAACGCUCCCGGGUCAUACGGAUGAACGAUUCUAGCGAGGACGAGGUUGACAAGGGGAGUAAAAACACAAAUAUCAAUGCAGGAGGAAGCGCCGCCUCUUUGCAGCCAAACAAAGGGCAGCAAGAGAAAACGGCUCCUUCGUCUGCCACCUUAGCUUCCAAAGACUUGUCGUUGAAUAAAGCACAAAGCUCGCUGAGUGCAGAGCAGGCUAAUGAGAGGUGUCAACAGAAGUUAGAGAACCAACAUCUUCUCUCUGAUGAGCUCGACUUUGUAGAGUCAAAGUUUUCCUCAAAGAAAGAACGCCCACCUUCUUCACACACCUCAGUGAAAGAGUCUCCCUCUCUGCCUGGGUCCGCCUGCAUCCUGGUGGACAGCCGCUGCAUCAGUAGCGGCGUGGAGCUGAUGUCCAGCCUGCGUCAGCGACACGCUGCGACCGUCCACGUCUGCUCCCUGGACAGCAGCUACUUCAUCGUGAGCAACCGCACGGCCGUGGAGCGGCACAGCCAGUCGGACCUAGCCGCGACGCAGAACCGGAAGCGGCUGGUCGAGAGGAUAGGCGGCCUGCUCGGGCUGUUUGAGCGCGUUUGUUUGAUAGUGGAGAAAGAUCGAACCAAAACGGGUGAGACUUCCCGUCCAUUUCAACGCACUCGUUACUACGACAGCACUUUAGCAGCACUGGUGCACGCAGGGGUCCGCCUGCUGUGGAGCGAUGGCCCCGAGGAGAGCGCCGGCUUGCUGGUGGACCUGGCGAGUCUGGAGCACCGUAAAGGCCGGGGCAUCUCUGUGCCACUCGAGGUCAAAGGGCAGCAGAGGCAGCAGGCCCUUCAGCUGUACCUGAGCCUGCCUUCGGUCAACUACGUCCACGCUCUCAGCCUGAGCCACAGCUUCACUUCCAUUGCUCAGCUGAUAAACAGCUCGAUUGAGGCCAUACAGACAGCAGGCUGCAUGAGUCGACCCAGAGCAGAGGAGAUCUAUCGCUUCCUGCGCUACUCCUGUGACUCGGUCCUUCUAAAUGCAUCGAAAACAGGAAAAAACAGCUAGCACUUUUAGAAAGAAACUGAAAUACAUCUCUGCAUCAGUUUGCUUCUCUGUCAGCUUAUAUUUUCUGUUCUCUGGCUUACUGGGAAUAAUGACAUUUGUAUUACGCAACUGUAUUUAUUGUCUGUUAUUGCAUCUCAGUGAGAUAAGACUUAUUUUUGUACAGUAAACUCAAGGAGUACAACUCAACUCCUCCAUAUUGGAUAAUCAGAAGUUUGUUUUAUUCUGCAUAUUUUUUAAGUCAAGUUUUCCAUCAUUUUGACACUAUCUUGUCCACAGUAUUAACACUAAGAUCAUAGAAACUCAGCUGAUACUUGAAUAUUUAAUUUGUGAAAUAAUGUGUGCCAUUUUUUUUUCAAUUUUUUUUUUUAAA